AUGCUAAACAUGUGGAAGGUUCGGGAGCUGGUUGACAAAGCAACCAAUGUGGUUAUGAAUUACUCAGAGAUUGAGUCUAAAGUAAGAGAGGCCACCAAUGACGACCCUUGGGGACCAUCAGGACAACUAAUGAGUGAAAUUUCAAGAGCCACCUUUAUGUUCGAGCAGUUCCCAGAUGUGAUGAACAUGCUGUGGACCCGUAUGCUGCGUGACAACAAGAAGAACUGGAGGAGAGUUUACAAGUCUCUACUGCUGCUUGCCCAUUUAAUCAGAAAUGGCUCAGAGCGGGUUGUCACUAGUGCCAGAGAACAUCUUUAUGACCUGAGAUCUUUAGAAAGCUAUCACUUUAUUGAUGAGCAUGGGAAGGACCAAGGGGUGAAUGUGCGCCAGAAGGUGAAGGAGAUGGUGGAGUUCGUCCAAGAUGAUGAAAGGCUGAGGGAAGAGAGGAAAAAGGCCAAGAAAAAUAAAGAUAAAUAUGUUGGUGUGUCUUCUGAAAGUAGAGGAUACAGAGGUUACUCGGGGGACCGAUAUGACUCCAGUGAAAGCCGUAACCGGUGGGACGAUGACUGGGAGAGUAACAAAGGACAGUUUCCUUUCAGCGAUAAGUUGGGGGAGAUCAGUGAUAAGAUUGGAAGCACCAUUGAUGAUACCAUCAGCAAGUUUAGGAAGAAGGACAGAGACGACUCACCAGAUCGAUUUAGUGACAAUGAGGAGGAGCGAGGUCGCUCGUCUCAAAAUGGUAAAUCUGGCAAAGAAUUUAAAGAUGAAGAGACAGUUACCACCAAAAGUGUACAAAUCGUUCAAGCAACAGAGACUACAGCCACUCGCAAGAGAGGAGGCGUCCCAUCUAAGAAAGUGGACCUGGGGGCAGCCGCCCAGUACACAGGAGAAAAGAGCCCAAACACCACAACCAAACAACCUCAAUCAGCAGCAACACAGCCUUCGAGUAGUGGACUCGUUGACCUACUAAUGGUAGAUUCCACACCUUCACAGCCUGUUUCCACAGACUUGAUGAGUGGAUUUGCAGACUUCUCGUCACCCGCUGCUUCUGCUGGCCUUUCCGCAGGAUCCGCUACAACAGUCUCCAGUAACAACGGAGACUUUGGUGAGUGGAAUGCAUUCCCUGGUGGCCAGUUGCCAGCAUCUGCUCAGCCAGUAGACACCAGUGCUCCUUUUGGAGCUAAUAGAGCAGGUCCUGCUCUCAUACCUGCCCCAGUCACCAGUGUGGGCUCCAGUUCAUCCUCAGCAGAUCUAUUUGACUUGAUGGGGCCGACUCAGAUGUUCAAUUCCUCUCAGAGCGUCAACUUCAACAUGAACAGUUCACAGAGCCUAACUACCACAGGCCUGCCUCAGUCAAUGUCACAGCCCCUUCAGAAAAUUGGAGCACCUUUACAACCGCAGACUGCUCAGCAGGGACUCAUUUCUCAGGGUGCUCCAGCCAAAGCGUCGCUCCCUUCCACCUGGUCAGACCACUCAGUGAACAUCAGCCUCGACUUCUUGGGACCCGGCAUGCAGGCCCCCAAACAGACUCAACCCACCCUCAACACACUUCAACAAGGAAACCAGGCCAAUGCUAGUAUGCUGUCCCAAGGAUUUUCUACAAUCAGUCUUGGACCCAAUGCAGUCAGACCGCCGGUCAAUGCUAUGAUGCACCCCAGUGCUGGAAUGGGAAUGGCACCUAACCCUGGCAUGAUGGCAAUGGGUUUGCCUCUCAAUCAGCCAAUGAUUGGGAUGUCCAUGGCUUCCAACCAGGGGAUGAUGGGGAUGGGAAUGAACAUGGGAGGAGUUACAAUGGCAAUGCCUGGUGCCAUGGGAAUGGGGAUGAACGCGACAAUGGUUCAGCAAUCCAAACAUGACAGCUUCGCUGACUUUGGGAACUUUGGAAAGUGA